AUGACGCUCAGCGAACGUUGGUGGAAACCACCGCCAGCGUACCUGUGUUCUCCAGCCCUGGGUCGGCUAGGAGAGAGGGGGACGCAGGAGGCAGUGCCGCAGGCGAAAGCUAGAAAGGAAGCCAAAGGACGCGAGGUGGCAAGGAGGCGAAUUCCUAGAACUGCUUGCGACUGUCUCUUUGUCGUGCAAGAGCGGAAAUCCCAAAGUAAAUCCCUGGAUAUUCCCCAGGAGACCACUCCAAGUGUGGACCAAGGACCAGCAGCCCAGCAUCACCUAGGAGCUUGGGUCAGCCGGGUCAGAGCAGAAGACAGAAAGAAGAGAUCGUUAGCUGGCCUGGCCCCAGGCCUGGUUGCUGAGAGCAAAACAGAAGUGGGAGAAGGCUCUCGGAGUGAUUGUGACACCCCAGACAUGGUCAGAGAAUGGGUCAGUGACCAGAAUCCCGUCAGGACAGAUGAUGAAAGUGGAUGCCAGUCGAGUGGCCAGCCUGGGGGAUUGGAUUCUAAAACCAAGGACGCAAAAAACAGCCUGAAGUUUGUGACCCUCCUGGUGGCCCUAAUUCCAGAAUUCCUAUUCCUGGGAGCCGGAGUGCAGCUUCAAGACAAUGGGUACGAUGGAUUACUCGUUGCAAUCAACCCUCAGGUAUCCGAAGAUCAGAACCUCAUCGCAAAUAUUAAGGAAAUGAUAACUGAAGCUUCUUUUUACCUAUUCAAUGCUACCAAGAGAAGAGUGUUUUUCAGAAAUAUAAAGAUUUUAAUACCUGCCACAUGGAAAGCUAAUAAUUACAGCAAAGUAAAACAAGAAUUAUAUGAAAAGGCAAAUGUCAUAGUGACUGACUGGUAUGGGGUCCAUGGAGAUGACCCAUACACACUACAAUACAGAGGGUGUGGAAAAGAGGGAAAAUACAUUCAUUUCACAUCUAACUUUCUCGUAAAUGAUGACUUAACAGCUGGCUAUGGACCACGAGGUAGAGUAUUUGUCCAUGAAUGGGCCCAUCUCCGUUGGGGUGUGUUCGACGAAUACAAUGAUGAGAAACCUUUCUACAUAAAUGGGCAAAACCAAAUUAAAGUAACAAGGUGUUCAUCUGACAUCACAGGCAUUUUUGUAUGUGAAAAAGGCCCUUGCCCUCAAGAAAACUGUAUUAUUAGUAAACUUUUCAAAGAAGGAUGUAUGUUUAUAUACAAUAGCACCCAAAAUGCAACUGCAUCAAUAAUGUUCAUGCAAAGUUUAUCUUCUGUGGUUGAAUUCUGUAAUGCACGUACCCACAACCAAGAAGCUCCAAACCUACAGAACCAAAUGUGCAGCCUCAGAAGUGCAUGGGAUGUAAUCGCAGACUCUGCUGACUUUAAUCAUAGCUGUCCCAUGAAUGAGACUGAGUUUCCACCUCCUCCCAUGUUCUCCCUUAUUCAGGCUGGCGACAAAGUGGUGUGUUUAGUCCUGGAUGUGUCCAGUAAGAUGGCAGAGGCUGACAGACUCCUUCGACUGCAACAAGCAGCAGAAUUUUACUUGAUGCAGAUUGUUGAAAUUCAUACCUUUGUGGGCAUCAUCAGUUUCAACAGCAAAGGGGAGAUCAGAGCCCAACUACACCAAAUUAACAGUGAUGAUGACCGAAAGCUGUUGGUUUCACAUCUGCCUAUGACUGUGUCAGCGGAAGCAGAAACCAGCAUUUGCUCAGGGCUUAAGAAGGGAUUCGAGGUUAUUAGGAAGAAAUUCUCAACAGAUGGAUCUGAAAUCGUGCUGCUGACCGAUGGGGAGGACAACACUAUAAGCUCGUGCUUCAACGAGGUGAAACAAAGUGGAGCUGUCAUCCACACGGUUGCCCUGGGACCCUCUGCAGCAAAAGAACUAGAGGAGCUGUCUAAAAUGACAGGAGGUUUACAGACAUAUGCUUCAGAUCAGGCUCAGAACAAUGGCCUCAUUGACGCUUUUGGGGCCCUUUCAUCUGGGAAUGGAGCUGUCUCCCAGCGUGCUAUCCAGCUUGAGAGUAGAGGCUUAACCCUCCAGAACAAUCAGUGGAUGAAUGGCACAGUGCUUGUGGACAGCACUGUGGGAAAUGACACUUUAUUUCUCAUCACUUGGACAACACAGCAUCCCCAAAUCCUUCUCCACGAUCCUAGUGGAAAGAAACAAGAUGGCUUUGUAGUGGACACAAACACCAAAAUGGCCUACCUCCAAAUCCCAGGCACUGCAAAGGUUGGCACUUGGAGUUACAGUCUGCAAGCAAGCUCACAAACCCUGACUCUGACUGUCACCUCCCGUGCUUCAAGUGCUACUUUGCCUCCAAUUACAGUGACCUCUAAAAUGAACAAAGACACAGGCAAAUUCCCUAGCCCUAUGGCAGUUUAUGCAAAGAUUCAUCAAGGAUCCUCACCAAUCCUCAGGGCCACUGUCACAGCUGUAAUAGAAUCAGUGAAUGGUAAAACAGUUACCCUGGAAUUAUUGGACAAUGGAGCAGGUGCUGAUGCUACUAAGGACGAUGGUAUCUAUUCAAGGUAUUUUACGGCUUAUGAUACAAAUGGUAGAUACAGUGUGAAAGUGUGGGCUCUGGGAGGAAUAAAUGCAGCCGGACAGAGGGUGACACCCCAGCAGAAUGGAGCCAUGUACAUGCCUGGCUGGAUUGAGAAUGGUGAAAUAAAAUGGAAUCCACCAAGACCUGAAAUUAGUAAGAAUGAUCUUCAAGGCAACCAAGUGUGUUUCAGCAGAACAUCCUCGGGAGGUUCAUUUGUGGCCUCUGGUGUCCCACAGGCUCCCAUACCUGAUCUCUUCCCACCUUGUCAAAUCACUGACCUUAAGGCAAAAAUCCAUGGGGACAAAUUUAUUAAUCUGACUUGGACAGCUCCUGGGGAUGAUUAUGAUCACGGAAGAGCUCACAAGUAUAUCAUUAGAAUAAGUACAAGUAUUCUUGAUCUCAGAGACAAGUUCAAUGAAUCACUUCAAGUGAACACAUCUGAUCUCUUCCCGAAGGAGGCCAACUCUAAGGAAGUCUUUGUGUUUACACCAGAAAACAUCCCUUUUGAAAAUGGCACGGAUCUCUUCAUUGCAGUUCAGGCUGUUGAUAAGUCCAACCUAAAGUCAGAAAUCUCUAAUAUUGUAGGAGUGUCUCUAUUUAUUCCCCCAGAGGCUCCUCCAGAGAUACCUACUCCUUCUCCUCCUUGUCCUGAUAUUAAUGUCAACAGCACCAUUCCUGGCCUUCACAUUUUAAAAAUUAUGUGGAAGUGGCUAGGGGAAUUGCAGCUGUCAGUAGCCUUGGGCUGAGUUUUCAUGAGAUGAAUAAAUCAUCUAUCCUUCUUUUGAUUAUAAAA